AAUCUUCGGGAGGGAGAAGAGCGCCGGGGAAGAGUUCACAUUUGUAGCUUAGAGAUAGUAAAGUAUAGAAAAUAACUAGUAGAAUAAACUCAAAUAAAUUUUAUUAAUAAAUAGUGUACUUCAGAAUAGAUAAAUAAAGUAAUAAUUAAAAAUGGCACCAACAGCGGUAGAGAUUUUGAGUAGAGACCGUCUAUUGCUCAAAGGUGAGAUGAAAAAGAUCUCUGAGAAAUGGGAAGAAAGGACAGAAGGAUCAGGCACUAUAUGGCCCAUGGGAGGGACUUUUGAUCCAAUAAUGUAUAGGGACAUGGAGGUAGUGAUAAGGAAUUACAUAGAUAACAGAAGUGGAAAAACGGCCUCAGCAAAGAGGGACAGGGAAAAGUUAGUACUAGCUUUGUUCCUAGAGGAAGGAGAGAGAUGGCGAACAUUACAGAGAGUGGCGGGAGAAAUAAUAGCUAAUAACAACAAGGCUCAACCAUUGCCUCUGAAGGUUGAGCCACCGCUGUACAAACCAGCAUCAUUGUACCCAUUGCUAAAAGACAACGUAGAAUCUAAAGGGGAAGUCACACUAGAUGAAGGAGAUAAUAAAUGUAGCACACAGGGGAGGAGGGGCGCACCCAUACACAUGGACUGUUAUGAGGGGAUUAGGAAAGCAAGGGAAGAGUGUAACAAUGCUGACAUUUGUUCUAGUGAGAGUGAAAACAGGAAUAAAGAAGAGGAGAAGGAUGACAUUGAGCAUGAAGGCGAAGGGUCAUUACAACCAUAUGUAAAACACAUUACUAAGAAUGCUAAGAGGAAAUUAAAGAAGCGGAACGAAAGACAGAAGGAGAGGUCUAGUGGGAUACAAGGGGCAGAGGAGCCUGGCUGCAGUACAUCAGUACUAAGCCCCACACCACUCGAGUUAGAUGAGAAACUAAGGAGAUCACAGAGAGAAGAAAAAGCACCCGAAACUUCUCCGGGAAAUUAUCCUACUCUAGUCAAAGGACAACAGGUCCAUUAUCAACCGUGGGGUUCACAGGACUUGGAGGGAGUCAUUUCUAAACUCCCUAACAUAAUUAACGGGGCGUCUAUAUGGAUUAGAACAUUUGAGGAGCUCACAGUGGGAAAGCUAACUGCAGUAGGGGACCUGAAAGCUCUGUUGGCAAGAGUAUUGGGGUUAUCCAAGAUGGAGUUUGUACUGAGGAAUGGAGGGUUGAAUAUACUGGAUGGAAAGUAUGAUGAGACUACACUUGAUCAUUACAGAGGGGCGUUGUGGGCCACACUCAGGAGGGAGUUCCCGGUCCGCAUGGAUCCUAAAAACAUGAGAGGUCUCCCCAUUGGUGACACAGAGAACCCUGCAUCCUACCUGCAGGCCCAAGUAGACAGAUGGCGCAUGGAGACGGAUGAGGAUCCUGAGAUCCAUCCGGUGUUCUCUGUCAUGUUUAGAAACUCUGUGAUAGAGACACUUCCCAGCCAAAUCAAAGCCAGGCUAAAGGAUGUGGUUGGACUGUCUACAUCAGGAUCUCAUAGAGAUUUUAAUGACCAUUUAGUUCAUGCAGUGGAUGAAUAUCGUCAGAAUAAACAAAGAAUACAGGAACAAAGCAAAGAGGUCCAGAGGAAGCUAUAUCAGCUUCAGCUGGAAGAUCUCACAAGGAAGGAAAGAGAUAAGAAGAGACAGGCAGGUGUUUUAGAACCAGCUGCUGUAAUUCCGCAAGCCGCCCAGCAGGGCGCACUUCAAAACCAAUAUCCACGAUUGGAAUUUUCUCUCCCAGUACAACAGCCUCAGAGCCAACUGUCACCUACUCCACCUGUUACACAUGUACACAUCCAUAAUUAUGGGAACCCCACAAAUAAAAAUAAUCAGCAACAGGGGUCCCAAGGACAGAAUAGAAAUAAUCAACAGCAAGGAUUCCAAGGACAACGCAGAGGUCCUUUAAUAUGUUAUGGGUGCAACCAGGAAGGACAUAGUAAGAUAAAUUGUUUUACUAACCCUUUUCCAUCCCAGCAAGGACAGGGUAACAGCUAUCAGGGAAGGCAGGAACAAGGAGGUAGCUACCAGGCAGGUCCCUUUAUGGGUCAGGGAUACUAGGGGUGCCCAGAGAAUCCACAGGGGGAGGGUCAGCUUGUAGCAAUCACAAAACAAGCUGAUGAGGAACCAAUACUGCAGGUUCUGAUAAAUUAUAGAGGCACGCCAAUGAUGGCCCACACUGGAGCCACUUACACUUGCGUAGGUCCAAAUUAUGCCUCUCACCUCCCCAUGGCAGGAAAAUUCACCAAAACUUUAGGAUUCUCGGAACACACGCAGUUAAUACCUAUGACAGCUCCAAGGAUGACAAUCGGUGAAUUCUUAUUUUAAGUUGUAUAUGUGAGUGAGUGAGUGAGAAAGAGUUAGCAUUGAGUUUAGUUAGAGGGGUCAGAUGAAGUGAUUUGUGAAGAGUGAGACAGAGAAGAGGAAGAGUGUGUGGAUUGGCAACGAGAAGUGGCGAUGAGAUUGGAGAAGGCUUUCCGGUUAGAAUUUUCUUUGGGGAGAUUCAUAUCUUUCGAUGGCCUUUUUAAGAUUAAUAAAUCUAGUUUUGGAGAGUGUCCAAAAAACGAAUAAACCAGAAAGGAAAGGAAAGGAUUACUGAAAGUGAAAAUGGUUAUGGAGAUUUGUGAAAGCAAAGGAAGUAGGUAAAGAGAGGUAAAGAGAGUUAGAGAGAAGGAACGUAAGUAAGGAAAAACCCGCAGGUGGGGGCUGGACAGAAAGACAACAGAGAGAAAGAGAUUGAAUUUGCAUUGUGCCUAAUAGAUUAUUUGUGCGUUUGGAUGUACUCUGUAAUUGGUUCCUGUAUGUAACCCAUGUCCACUGUUUUAGAAAAAACCUAGAACCACCGCUGGGAUUGGUGAUUCUGUGGGUCUUGGAGACUCUCCAUCGCGUCGGAACACCAUGUGGUAUAGAUCGUUACAUCUUGGUACACAGAGCACUGGUGAGACAACGGGUUGGAUCAGAGGGAGAAGGUGUUUGGAGAAGGGAGAGGAAUAGGUAAUAAAUCAGCGGAGAGGAGGCUGGGGGUCGGUUUAGCUCAGGAAGUAGAGGGUGUCUUGUAACCGCAAGGUUGUUAGUUCGAUCCCCAGCUCCUCCUAGCUCAGUGUUGAUAUGUCCCUGAGCAAGUUACAUGGUGAUCACAGGAUUCAGGAAUAAUUAUCUAGAAUCCAAAACAUGAGCAAUUAGCGUUAAAAAUUCUCUGCACACCACACUCCACAGGAGUCAAUGGGUUCAAUGGCGCCAGGGUAAAGUGACUCAUCAAAAGAGGAGCUGACCCAACCCAUGGACUCUGCGUGGAUAGGUGGAUGUUAUUUUGGUGCUUGGACCUGACGAGGUCUAGGUGCCAAGAUAACAACACAAAUAAAAUAUUUCCUUCGAGAUUAUGAUAAGUAAUACAGUUUAUUAAAAGUGAUCUUAUAAUUUAGAAAAAAACAAUCGGCAAUACUUAAAAAUUAGACCAAAUAAGUAUGAUAAAACAUUAUCCAAAUUUCUAAUUUAGGUUAUCCACAAUGACAAAUGUCAUUCAAAAUAAAUAAGUAAAAUAAAAUAAGAAAGGAUGCGUGUGUGAGCCUGUUCUCGUGUGUGUGUCAGGGCUGCCGAGGUAGGGGAGAAUCCUCUCCUACUCCGAGUGAUGGAGUACACAAGGGGAUACCCAAGCAACUUCAGAUAAAACAAUAUGGUUAAUUAGUAAAUAGAAACAAUGUAUCAAUUCAGUGUUGAAUAAACUAGUUAAGAACAACAUAGAGGGUUUGGGUUUGGUAUAGUAGUGAAUCAAAAUAUGGAAAACACUAAAUGCAAGCAAUAGGUAGAAUAAAAGG